AUGGUGCUUUGGCUGCUUUUCUGGAGUAUCUUUUCAUUUGAUACAGUAAGGGCAAGCUCAAAUAGACAGGUUCACUUACUAGAAUCACAAAGUAGACGACGAUGCUGGUCAUCUGGUAAUGGACAGCCGGCUCAUUGGUUGAAUGAUGGUGAACAGAUUAGUCGAGGAAAAUACUGGUAUGUUUGUAGUCGCGGCGAAUUACAACCACGAGGCUGUUUUACAGCAAAUAACGAGCAGCUACGCAUUGGCGAUAAAUACGUUGAAAACGGCUACGAACUACAGUGUGUUCUGGAUCGAGGAUAUUUACAGUUCAAAUUCACGGCAUGCGUUCCAAAAUCAAAUAAACGAUACACAAUUGGUGAGACAUGGGAAGACGAAAAGCGUAUGUACUGGUUUGAAUGCAAAGCUGAUGGACCAUAUUUACGAGUUGAAAUUCGUGGUUGCUUAACCCAUGAUAAAUCACGUAAACUAGAACUCAAUGAAGUCUAUGAUUUUGGAGAAUACACAUAUCAGUGUCAGAAGAAGUACAAUGGUACUGUACAAAUGUGUUCUGUGGGAUGUGUACAUAAAGGAGCGCAUUACAAAAUUGGUGAUCAAUGGCCUGUGAGUUUUUCAUUUAUUACUAAAUAA